AUGUCAUCAGCGGUAGACGGGCUGUAGAGUCGGCGCAGGCGCAGUGAGUUUUCGGCUGACAGAUGGCUGUCCCGUCGUUCUCGUCAUGUUUGGCCGCUCUGGCGGCGGCAGCGGAGAACCCGGCAGGUCUCGGUAGUGCUCUGAGUGAGCUCCGGAGCCGUUAUGUGUCCCGGGUCGGAGGGGCGGAGCGGUUCCGGAGUUCGGGCGGACUCGCUAUGCUCAUUAAUCUUCUGACCGAUCCCUCCGGGGCCGCCGUCCUAGGAAGUUCCCGCCGGGGCCUGGAAUUAGGCCUCAGCCUGCUGGCCAAUGGAUGUACCGAGCCCGGGAGCCGAGUACAGGUGCGAGAUCUCGGGGGGAUUCCCGCUCUUAUUUCUAUUCUGAAGUCGGUGUGCAUUGAUUCCAUAUGGAACCGGGUAUGUCGGGCUCUCGGGAACCUGGCUUUGGACUUUCAAAACAACCAGAUUAUUCAUGAAUCCGGUGCGGUGUCGUCAUUGGUGCAGAUCUUGCAGAAUUCUCAGGAUGUGGGAUGUUUGCAGAGCUGUCUGCGGGCUUUACGUAUUCUGGGUGAUUCUCCACCACAUAGACUGUCCAUCUGCCAGCUGGGAGGUUUGGCCCCAUGUGUUCAGAUGCUUACCUCUCCUAACUCGGAUGUGGUUUGUGAAGCCGUGCGUGCCGUCGGUGAGCUGAGCCGCGCAUGCUCGUUGGAAUGUGCAGCAGCCCUAAGUCCGGCUGUACCAACCUUGAUGACGUUGGCCAGUGAAGAGCAAGGGAAGACGGCCGUACGUCAGGCUGCGUUUGGGACUUUAUGUAAUCUUUGUAUCCAGGGAGCAUUGAGGCCAAUCCUGGGCAAUGCGGGGGUCAUUAAGCUGCUGAUCACAGAAGCCACGGCUGUCCAGCAAUCGCCAACCCGUUGCCUCCCCGUGGUCAAAGCUCUGUGCUUUUGUUGCCGUGAAGCGGUGAAUCGCGUCCGGGUGCGAGAACAUGGCGGCCUGGAACUUCUCUUAGAAUUACUGCGCAGCUUGCAGUAUCGAUCGGUUCACUACCGAAUUAUAGUGGCAUUUCUUUAUUAUUGCUAUGACAACGCCACUUUGUCUUUCCUAGUCUCCAGUGGCCUGACACUUGUGUUAGCUGAACGAUUGGAGGAAUGUACGCGGGUGGCUGAGGAAAAGCGGCGUGCGCAGACCCCGAUGGAAGCCCCAGAUGAAGAGGAGGAGAAAGGAUCUACUUCUUAUGACUUCCCACAAGAGCCGAGGAAAAAGAAGGAACAAGGAGGCUCAUCCGAGGAGAGCCUGAGAUCUUGGCUGGUAUCAGAAGGUUACAUCGCCAGUCUGGACGACUUACCUCCUGAAUGUCUCGUGGAGCGGGAGAACCGAGAGGAACCCACCAGGACAAUGAUUUCUCCUCCAGGAAAAGGGAGUCAGAAGAGAACGUCUGACCAUCUCUGCUUUCCUUUACCUUCUGAUCAGUCCUGCCAGUCACCCAUAAAAGAAAUCUUUGCAUCGCCCUCCCUUCUGGGGCCCCCAUCCCCGGCACCCUCAGUAGUUUAUGGGCCCGAGUUCCCAGUCUUACUUCUCCUUUCCCGUUUCUCUCAGCUGACAGAUUCCUCCUCUUCUUUGGUCUCACCUCCAGUUUUAAAGGGGCUUCUGACCUACGCCACCUGCCACCCCAGCCCCUCGGAUCAAGCCACUCGUAUUCUGCAACGCCUAACCUGUGACCCGUUGUGCCUGGGAGCCUUCAUCCGGACCGGCAGCAUUUGCACAUUACGAGCAAGAUUGCUUCUUCAGGAAUCUCUAGACGGAGAUGGCAGGGGGAGGAGCCGACGCCCAAAAAGAGCCAGAAAACUAGGUGACAUUCUGAUGCGUAAUCUUUGCAUCCAGGCUGCCUCCUCCUACGGAGUGGGACUGGUGACUCACAUGUUGGUGUCCGGGCCUCAGAAUGACCGACAGCAGUGCGCCCUCUGCCUGCCAUUUAUUUAUAGGAAAGAUUCUCCGCACCGUCAGAACCUGCUAGAUGGAGCCAUUCGUCUUGUGUUGGAGUCAUUAAUGAUUUCUGUGGACCCCGUAUACUAUUUCCAUGCUUCAGAAUGCCUGUCCUCCAUAUUGACACCUCAGACUUCGCAACGCCGGUCCUCUUUACCGACCCCACAGGCUUCGGCAUGUCAGUCCUCUAUAUUGAUACCACAGACUUCAGAACGCCAGUCCUCUUUACUGACCCCUCAGGCUUUGGGAUACCCGUCUUCUAUAUCUACCCCUCAGGCUUUGGAAUGCCCGUCUUCUAUAUCGACCCCUCAGGCUUUGGGAUGCCCGUCUUCUAUAUCGACACCUCAGGCUUUGGAAUGCCCGUCUUCUAUAUCGACACCUCAGGCUUUGGAAUGCCCGUCUUCUAUAUCUACCCCUCAGGCUUUGGAAUGCCCGUCUUCUAUAUCGACACCUCAGGCUUUGGAAUGCCCGUCUUCUAUAUCGACACCUCAGGCUUUGGAAUGCCCGUCUUCUAUAUCUACCCCUCAGGCUUUGGAAUGCCCGUCUUCUAUAUCGACACCUCAGGCUUUGGAAUGCCCGUCUUCUAUAUCGACACCUCAGGCUUUGGAAUGCCCGUCUUCUAUAUCGACACCUCAGGCUUUGGGAUGCCCGUCUUCUAUAUCUACCCCUCAGGCUUUGGGAUGCCCGUCUUCUAUAUCGACACCUCAGGUUUUGGAAUGCCCGUCUUCUAUAUCGACACCUCAGGUUUUGGAAUGCCCGUCUUCUAUAUCUACCCCUCAGGCUUUGGGAUGCCCGUCUUCUAUAUCUACCCCUCAGGCUUUGGGAUGCCCGUCUUCUAUAUCUACACCUCAGGCUUUGGAAUGCCCGUCUUCUAUAUCUACACCUCAGGCUUUGGGAUGCCCGUCUUCUAUAUCUACACCUCAGGCUUUGGGAUGCCCGUCUUCUAUAUCGACACCUCAGGCUUUGGAAUGCCCGUCUUCUAUAUCUACCCCUCAGGCUUUGGAAUGCCCGUCUUCUAUAUCUACCCCUCAGGCUUUGGAAUGCCCGUCUUCUAUAUCCACCCCUCAGGAUUCACCAGCACCUCCUCAAAGUUCUUCACCAACUUCUCUCACUUGCUGUUACCUGAAGCUCUUUUCUCAGGGCCAAGGGGAUAUUGUUUUUGUACUUGAUGGGGGUGAACGGCUGGAAGGUAGCCGGGAGUUGAUUUGUAAAAGCUCAGAUGUAUUUCAUGCUAUGCUACAAGGUGGUUAUGCCGAGUCCCAGCAAUGUGAGGUACGUGUGCGAGAGAUUCCAGUCAGUGCUUUCCUACCCUUGCUACAUUACCUUCAUGGCUGCUCCCAAGACUCAUUGUGUCCUACUUUAAAGAACUUGCAGCAGAUGGAACCAGAGCAAGAUCUGGUCCAGUCACCUCUGUCUUCCACAUUGGCUGCAGCUGGACAAUUUCUCUUACCUGGUCUACAGUGCGUUCUGGAAAACCUGGUGCGAGACUCUCUGCUGACUCUGGACCGCCUCCCCUCAGUUUAUAACUUUGCAGAGAUGCACGAGUGUGCCCAGCUCAGAAGAGAUUGUUGUAUGUACCUUCUAAAAAGACUGCACCCACCUCAGAGACGGGCACGUACCCUUUUUCAGUUAUGUGAACAGGCACAGGACAAGCAGAAGCUGUCCCGACAUUUGGAGGAUGUACUUCAGAGAAGAGACUGACCAUGCAUGGUAUGCACUGUGUGCCUUCAAGUGCCAUAGAUCAGCCAUGUUCACGCUGCAAUUCUUGGAAUACCCCUGUCCCCCCCCCCCCUCCUUACAUCCCUCAGUCAGACAAUACUUCUGUAAUCAUCGAUACGCUUCCUCUUCCAUCUAGGCUGAAAUUGUGCACCAUAAUCAUGAAUAAUCAUUACAGCGGCACGAUUAAUCGUCAAGAAUCGUUAUCGCAACUUUUUCCCCUGUUGUGAUCUUGAUAAAGUAUUUCCCGAUCUUUUGUAUGCCGAGAAUUCUCUCUGCUCUCGGGCAAAAAUCUGGGCAGUCGCCAAGUUUUACAACAUUCUUUAUCAGUGGAAAGUUAAGUCUAAACAUUGUAACAAUUUGUCUUUUCCAUCAAAGGAAUUAACUUUUUUUAUGUAAAUUAGGAAAGUUUAAACCCCAAACCUUUUUCUGACAUUUGUUUUUCAAGUUAAAAUCAUGUU